AUGCAAGAAGAUGCGAAACUCAUACAGAAACUUCAAGACUAUAACGAGAAAGCAGCCGAUGACUUGUUGGAAGAACGUAACCGUGUGUUGAACUAUAAGGAACAGCUACGUCAGAGAGAAAGACAAGAGCUUCAGCGUGUACAAGAGGCAAAUGAAAUCAAUGCUUUUACAAAUAUAUCCAACAGAGAAAACACCGAUCCUAACCCUCCAAAGCGAGCUAACCUCAGUAAAGGUCCUCGUAAGAAAUCAGAUGUGAAUAUAGCUCCAAAGAGACGAACCGCGGCCAGACGAUGUUCAAGAGCACUCAGAACAAAUACAAAAUAUAUAGAAGAAACAGAAGAAAAAGAGGUGAAUGAAUUGGCAUCUCAAGAACAACCACCUGCAAAGAAACGCAGACAAGUUAGAAAGCUGUUAGGAGCAGCCGAAUCUACAGGGGAACUUUAUGAUUCUGAGCAAGAGUUGGAAAAGAAGAUACAACAAACUAUUUCUGUAGCAAUACCUGAAGAGGCUAAAAAUACGCACCUCUGGAAUAAUAAAGAGUAA